AAAUUGUUAUGGCUUUAAUACAGACAAAGGUUAUCUUAUGACGCAACUAAAGCGACCAUUUACGCUAUACAUCAGUUGCUAGCAGUCAGGGCUGAGUGAUUGCGUAGGGAUUUCCAAAGGUUCUCUGACAUAUUUGCAUAAAACAUGCUGGGUGUUUGUAGUCCCUGGACAUUGCUGUAUGUAAAAAAAAGUAAAUUCUGUCAAAAAGCUGAGGCUGAGAAACAGAAUACUGUAUUACAGUAUACUAUAUAACAUGACAUCUGGGAAAACCUAUCAGAUGUUGCUAUGGCUGAAUUCUGGCAAGCAGAUGAAAAAGAGGACUUUUCUAUCUAUACCAUAGUGUUAAACCUCAACUUUAAGAAAACAUAAAAAUAUUUCACCAAAAACAAGGUGGAAAUGUUUUAUUUACUUUUUAACCUUACCUAGGUUUUUCUGGAAAUAUCAUGUGGGUAAGGAGCCAGUUUAAAAAUGCAGUGGUAAAAACUGUUAGUCUGCCGAAAGAUGUCUUAAAUCUUGCUAGCUGAGUGUGAUUUCCUCACACAGUGAAUGCCACGCAUUGAUCAAGUAGUUAGAUAGCUACGUGAUGUAGAGAAACAGAUAUAUGGCUAAUCAAUUCAGUUUGUAAUAAGAUACCGGCUGUCAAAAUGUCCAUGAUUCUCCUGCCCCUUAGCUGGGAUAAAAUCUUUAAAUGCAAUGUUCUCCUUUUUCACUUUUUGGUGAUAACCAAACUUUAAUAACAAACAUAUUUCAGGUAACUAUGUAUAGUAGAAAAUGUCAAAAUUUCCCCAUGUGAAGAGUUUUCCCAGGCUGCAAUACAUAUAGGAAAUGCCAGUCUUAUACUGGAGUGUUCCUUUAAUAGCAACUAAAAUGUGAGCAUAUGAUGUCAGAUGUUUAUAGUGUGAUUAUUUUCAAUGUUUAGAUCACUAACACUAAUUACAACUGAUCUCAGCAUCAUUAGCAUUACCUCUUGUUGUCCAUGAUUAAGCUUGUUUAUCUGAUUAUUCAUCUGUAAUUAGUCAUCUGUGUAUUGUUUAUGCAAAAGGACUGAUUGUUACCGGGUAUGAACCAGCUCGCACCACAUGUACUCAUGUUGCUGAGAAAUGUGAGAUUCACGAGGUUUAGUGGACUAAAGUAAAAUGUGACAACUCCCUGAUCAUCAGAACCAUCCUUCAGUUCACCAUCAAUCCACACAGACAAGCAUACACACACACACAAACACACACACACAUGCACGCUUGAAUGAGAGUUGGAUCUGAGUCCCGUGCUUGGGAGAGCAACAAUGACAGCGGCUGUUCUCUGACGCACAGAGACGUUGGCGAGCUGUUUCCAGAAGAGUACGGGAGGCCAUUGGCAGCCCCCUUCAUCCCCCCUCCCUUACUCCUCCUCCUCCUCCUCUCAGCCUGGCCAUCGCCGACCGUGCCGUCCGAUGAGAGAUAAAAAGGGGCUGUUGUUGUUGUCGGCACGCAUGGGAGAUGGACGCCUCUGUUUUUCUCCGCCUGCCUCUAUCUCCUGACGCCCACAGACAGAGGAAAAAAGGGACAACAGAAAUAGGGGAAGAGAGGAAAGGAAGAAAUGCCUGGUGUUCUGGGGGCUGUUGCUCUUAUUCUCCUCCCUGGAUAGAGGAAAGAGAAAAGAGAAGGCCUGGGCCAUGUGAUAGGGGAAACAUGCGGGCCCGGCUCGGCCCCCAGGCGGAAAGAACGAGGCCUGCUGCGUCUCUCCUGCAUGAUUAAUCUGGCUGAGGGGCAGGAUGGUUGCCACAGACCUGCCGCAUUAACUCCCUGCUCACCAGCCAAAUACACACAGACACGCACACACAAGUGCGUCUUCAUGGAUCCACACACCAAAAAUCUGGGUUGAUGGCUGCUAUGCGCGCCAGCGUGUCCACCUGCAGCAGGAGCGGCGUGGUUGGGUUGGGAAAUUAGAGCAAGGCAUUGUGCCUUUGUUCUCGCCACAGGCUCCGUCUCGGCCGAGUCACAUGAGAGGCAGAACGUAAGUGGUCACGCUGCUUGGACAUGGUCAAUGGACACUGACUUUCUGCUUGAUCUUGGGAGGAAAGUCCCACAUGACUGGUGCAUGGUCAACAUAAGUAGUUCAAAAGCCCUAAACAAACCAUUAAUCAUGUUUUGGCUAGACUAGUCCAGACUAGACCAGUCCUGCAGUUACCAUAGUUUAAAGCUCAGGUUUUUUUUUUUUUUAGGUAUUUUCAAAUUAUUAUUAGUUGUCAGUAAACGCAAGAAUACUUCUCCUCUAAUGUGAUCUUGAAGACAUCUGGCCACUCAUCAAUAAGCUUUACUAAUUGAAACAUCUGCUUUGAACUAGCAUUCAAAAGUUGUUUUAUGCAUGAUGUCUUUGUUUUCUUUCACUUUAACAGGCACCUGAAGACAUCUCCUGCCCACAGUAAUAAAUAAACAGGCCUGUGUGUUUUUCAGACUCUUCAGCAAGUCUUGUGUAUCCCAGAAGUUACCUGGUCCCCUGCUGAGGCCGGGCAAAAAGACCAAGCCCUGAUUCUCAGGCUCCCAGGAAGGUGGAGGGUUAACUGGCCUCAGUCCUCGCCGCAUUAACUGGAAAGGAAUGAAGUGUCAAGCGUGUUCUCACCGCCGUGAGACGCCCGAAACCCUGCCUCCUCCACCAACCCCCCCACCCCAGCAACCUCCCACAGCCGUGACCAAAUUAUUUUCUAGCCUCCAGAGAUUCGCCUCGCCAGACAAAAAUCUGCAGCGCAGCCCUGAUUCAGUGCACAAACACGCAGCCUCCCUCCUCUCUCAACGCCUCUCCGCCGCCACUUUGAAGAAAAUGGGCCUGCCGUUUUUUUCUCCUUUCUUUAACGGGCCUCCGUUAGGACAGCUCCGUCUGUUUACACUCGACAGAUUUAAACGCUCCCAAAAACAGCGUCCACAAAACAACUUGGCUUCCUCUGUGAGUGAGGGCCAAUCCAAGAGGCUGCUCUUUGUUCACAGUCCCUCUCUCACUCUUCCCCUCUCUACUUUUCUCAUCUCUCUCUCUCUCUCUUUUUGUUCUUCCAUCAAGUUUUUACUCUGCACUUAGUAAAAUAAAGUAAAAAAAAACACAAUUAAGUAAUUUUGAUUAAUAAUUACUGAACAAGUUUUUUGGACAUUGAGAAAAUGGUGACAAAAUUGGUGGAGGUCAGUUACAGUGGCAAAAAUUUAGUGCUGAGAAAUAGCUAAUAGACUGAAGGGAAGAUAACACAGAGACAGAGGGGGGGAGAAAAUAAACCCCACCAGUGAGCAGGCCGCCCAGCCCUGCCAAACUGCUUAAAAAAGCCCUCUGUUUUAUUUAUAGUGCGCUGUAUCCAUGGUAACCAGAGGGGUCAGGCAAGCCGGGCCUGCGCUUCACCCUGCUCAAGGGAUUAGGAUUUCACCGAGCUUCUCACAUGUGCCCAAGGUGGGCUAGAGCUUCUCACUGACGCUGUUACACAGCUCAGGGAAUAGAGUAGAGGAGCAGGGAGGGCUGGGGGGACUUUCACACUCACCAAAAUGGAGAGAAGUGCCAUAUGAGCCUUAAUGAGCUAGCCAACACUCCAGAGGCAGCAGCAGUUUGGGUUUGUUUACACUAAUUGUCAAAGUUCUCCAACUGAGUUUAAGCCCAUUAAAGUGAUAAGAGCAGCAGAUAUUCCAGCGCUCAGUAAGGUCAGACUGGGUUAGUGGGAAGCACAGUAAUUCUGCGCAUGAUGAUCUCACCCUCGGCGGAAGGCAAAACCAUGACAGUGACGUCGAAUUUGUGAGAAGUCCUGUUAGUUGAGAGCUGAAAAGUGAAAGGGGAAAACGAGCUCCCAGUUCUUGAGGCAUUAAGGAGCAAAGAAAGUGGACAGCAUUUUCAAGACAAUCUUGGGUUAUAGUAUGGUUCAGAGCACGUGGAUUUAUGGAUUUUCACUGGAAGAGGCCAAAUGGUCGGAGGUCAUUAGGCCGUCCUUCAUAACGCAGAGAGAGACAUGCUCAGCCACGCAAGAAGGACGGCUCCGCAAAAGUGGGAGAUUUUUGUGGCCUUGUUAUUUUCCGCUCAGGCACUGCGUGUGAGAGCUGUUCCAAAUCCUUGCGUGGGAGCCUGUUGGAGGAGACCAGAGAGUGAGAGAGAGAGACAGAGAGAGAGAGGGAGGAAAGGAGGGGUAGGGGGAGAGGGAGGCAUUGACAUGCACUCCAAGAACGGCGCCGUGUGAGAAUGUGGACUUCCGGAUCCCUCCCGGGGAGAACGCAGUCAGCGUUGCUAGGAAACAGAUUGCUAUGGGGGUUAGUGGAGCCAUGCAUGGAAGAUGACGUCUGACUUGGUUGGAGGUGGAGAGAGAUUGGCCUUCAGAGGUGGGGGUGGAGUGGCACUGGGCUUCUUGAGGUGGUGUUGGAGAUGAAGAAUGACUGGACUCUAGAUGUGAAGAGAAACUCUAGUUUCAGAGGUAGAAAGAGUGGGACCCUCAAAAUAGUGGUGGAGAGAAACCGGCCUUGGGAGGUAGAUAGAAAAAGGCUUCUCAAAUUGGAGGUAAAGAGAACCCAGAAUCAAGGAAUAGAGUUGAUGAUGGAGAUAGAGUGAAACUAGCUGGAGGUGGAUAUGGAGAGAGCCUGCACUUCUUUAGAUGGAUACAAAGAUGGAGAGAGAUGGGCCUACUAUGAUGAAAGUGUAUAUGGAGAUAGUUGGGCCUCCAGAUGUGGAAAUGCACAUGGAGAGAAACUGACCUCUGGAGGUCUCCAGGGACGGAACUAGAGAAAGAGGUAGAGCGAGGCUGGCCUCCCAAGAAGGAAGUGGAUAUGAAGGCCUCCAGAGAUGUAGAUGCAGGUGGAAUGAGAUUGGACUACACUUUUUUCAUUGGGUCCUGCCCAGCAUGGUGAGAAAACAGCCCUUCUGAAUCCAUGACUUCCAAAAAGCAGGAGCAUUUCUCUGAUGGCUGAGUGGAGUUUCUACCUGCAGCCACACCACCUUCCACAGCAGCAUGCACUAUGGGCUACGAUUACCACAGUAUACGUAGUUGCCAAGCGACAAGAGGCCUCUGGUGUAUGUGGCUCAGUCCUGUUGCCAAGUGAUGGGGCUCAGUGGGAGCUGGUGGUGGCACUCAGGGACUGGCGUCGCCACUGGGACCAAGGGCACCGUUGCUAAGAGAUGCCACCAGCAAGUCAGAGUUGUGGGUAGGAGACAUGGAGGAAGGGAGGGAAGAGGCGCUUAUCAAGGAGAGCCAAGGACAAAGGGCUUUCUGAGUCAAUGGGCUCACACAGGGAACAAGUGCGUGUCAUGCCUAGCUGACACAACCAUCCUCAGCAUUACAAUCUGUACACACAGAAGGAGAUACAUCUCUCCUCGAUAUGCUCUAUUAUUCUGCGGCAGGUCAAAUUGUGGUCCACGAAACAACAUUUAAAUACUAACGUGACAUGCUACACAACAGCACUGACCACAACAGGAGGGCAAACAUUUAAUUUAAUAAUGUUGAUGUUAGCACUUCAUUAGAUGUAACAGUGAAAGUAGGCAAGACAAAUGACAGAUUUGGCAAAAGUAUGGCAGGUGAGUGUGAUGAAAUCAGCAGGAAGUCUUAAUUUGGAUUCUUCUCUAUAUCCAGAGCAGGAGCUUGAACAUGAGAACAUGGAUGAAUCAAAAACUGUAGAUUGGUACCAUGCCUAAAAUAUAACUGUUGACAAGCUGAAUUUAAAGAUGCUGAACAAACCUUAUGACAUCUACAGCUAUGAACAACAUACAUUUUAUUGUUUUUGGGCAGCCUUUUUUGUUGUAGUGUGUGCAUAUAUUACAGCUGAUUGAUCAAAAACUUUAGCUUUUAGAUAGAUAACAGCCACAAAAAUGGUGGCAGAGUAAUGCAGAGGGUUUCUCCAGGGUUUGAUCCUGAGCUCCGGUUACUAUCUGUGUGGAGUUUUGAAUGUUCUCUGUGGUUCUCCGGUUUCCUCCCCCCUCCCAAAAACUGGACUGGCAACUCUAAAUUGCCCCAGGUGUGAAAGAUUGCUUGAAUAGGUGUGUUUGAUGGCCUACCAUGCAAGGUGUAUUCCCGCCAGUGCCCAGUGUUCCUGGGAUAGGCUCUGGAUCUGUCGCAACCUUGACUAAGAUAAAGCGGGAACUGAAGAUGAAUGCAGCAAAAGAUAGCCAAAAAAGUGAAAAAAAGAAGCAAAGACGGUGAGAGAAUAUGAUUAUUUAAGUGGUGUAGCAGGUAGCUGGUUGAAGUAGGUGGCUGUUUGAAAUACUAGCAGGGACUUACACUGUUUACAUUGGAAGACUGGAAACUUGCAAGUUAGUAUGCUACACUGCCAUGAUUAUGCCACAUUUCACAGAAAAGCAUCCAGAGUUUUCAUGUCAGUUGAUUAGUAGCUGAACAGCUUAGUUUUUGCACUAUACCAAAUAAAUGAGAUGAAAAUAAACAGUGUAGCAAGCUAGAUCACCUUACUCUGCUAAGUUAACAAGUAGCUAGUACUAAGUAGUUAGCAGGCAAUGCUUUGUGUGCGUUUCUUUUCAAUUUUGCUCCAACGAGGGGCGAAGGGCUGAUCGGCAUCAUGUAACUGCUCAAAGAACACUUAAAUCAAAGAACUUAUAAGCACUUGGUACUUUUCACCAGACAUUUCUCUUCACAUAAUGUUGUGUGUGUAAUGUAUAUGCAUCAUGCAUAGCUGUAAAGCCUCUCUAAUACAGCCAAGAAUAUCACCAAAACUUGUAAGCAAACUGGUUACAUUGGUUAAAAAAAUAAAUAAUAAUAAAAAGAGGCACUUGCAUUGGCCCUUAAUGCAUCAGUCCAUAUGCUGUGCUGUUUGUUCAAUUAGAGAGUGAACUAUGCUUGGAUGGAGGCCUCAGCUUUUAGUCCUACAUCCACUAAGGUACCUCCUUAGAAAGUUCUCCUAAAAUCACUCCUCACUUGGAGCGCACUCCACUGCACUACAUCUAGAUAGUGUUGUGCCGUAUAUUAUAGUGCUAUAGGGGGAUUUGCAGUGGGGAUGGUAUAGAGCAUGACUCGUUCUGGCCAGAGACCUGGCUCGCGGCUUCAUUUAUCAGCGAGGACGCACGCACAAAGGCCUCAGUGUGGGGGCCGGUAAUUGGAUCUGCGACACGCCGGUGCCCCUAAGACCUGACUUCCCCCUCCUUCCCCAAAUUCCCCCUUCCUUCUUUUCCCUUCUCUCUUCCUUUGCUGUUACUCACUCGCUCCCUCUUUCAUCUCACCAUUAUCUCCGCUGGCUCAGUGCGUCAGGAAGCACGCUGCAUGAGCACACGCAGACAUGCCCUGACUCACACACAACCACGGAGACAUGAGCGGAUAUGUUGCCCACGGUCAGGCGCUGACUUCUCUCACUUUGUAAUAUUAACAUUUAACUACAGUGUGGAGAUAAUAAGCUUUGUACAGGCCAUCCAUUAUAUGGACUUCAUUAUAUCUAUUUUUUGUGUCUAUUAUUGUGUUUAUCUUAAAGAUAUAAAGAAAGAGUUGACAAGGUGAAAAUGUGCUGCAUUACAUUUAAGCUUCAACUGUGCAGAAGUUUGAUCAUAUACAAUGUACGUAUAUGUGUAAAAUGUACUCUGUGGGGCAAUACAUUCAAAAAAUGUAGCUCGCAAUGAACCUUAAAAUAGGACCAGACAUCUAAAUUCUUUAGACUAUAAAGAUAAAGUUUCUGAAAAUGUUUUGGUUAACAUAGUUAGCUAAACAUACAUUACAGAAAAGCUGGGGCCAUGACUGAUGUGGCCAUGACCAUUUCGCCUAAUAUAUAAGACAUAAAACAUAGUGGGCAUAUUGUUUUAGGAAAAUAAUCAAUGCUGGAUUGUGUUGGGAUAUAGCCUGAUGUGUAGAGGAGGACCAAUACCACCGAGAAGUUGCUUAUUUUCCAGCACAGCAUGUUUUCCAGUAACAGCACAUCCUGAAGUGUUUAUUGCUUUUAUACCACAACAAUUUGUCAACAUUUUGUAAUUUACUAAAGAGCAACUUGCCAUACAUAUAACCAUUUAUAGUUUCAUUUAAUGUUGUGAAACAUCCACAAAACAUCUUCUCACUUAAAAUUAGUUAGACCAAAAAAAAAAAAAAGCUUGUCAUGUUACUGAGAAACCCAAAAGAGCAAAGUGCAAGAUCUUGAAAAUAUCCUGACCAAUCAGAUUUGAGAAUUAACCAGCACAGUGAUAUAACAAAUAGUAGCUAAUCAAAAGAAGCUUCAUAAACAAUACGUUCUUGUAAACUGUUUGGAUUUGUUUGUUAGCAGCCAGUAACCUCCUGAGAUGUUGUUUAUAAUCAACAAACAAGGAUCGACAACAUAAUAUGAUGAAUAGAAUAUACAGAUUGUGCAUGUUAUGAAAAUUAGAUAUAGCAUUUAUCAGUGUAACUCUGCUAUUGGAGUAAAUCAAUAACAAGUUACUACUGGACAAUGUGGUAGUUAAUCUAGAGAUUUGAGGCUGAACGCUGAGAUGCAAUUGACCAUCUACAACGUCUACUUUUAAUAUUAUUUCAUCUGUACACAUUCAAAUAUCACUUACCGAUGUAAUAAAAUUAAUCAAAUACAACAAACUAAUUCAGUAGGUUAUUAUGUAAAGCUAUAAAGAUAUAUAUCAUAUUGUAUGCUUUUCUUCAAAGCUUCAAAUUAAGCCACAAUACAAUUAAAGCAUACAGCUGAGUUGAGGUGAAGGUUAUGGGACUUGAUGAAGGACCAAAAACAGGCUGUCUGAAAGUCUUGGGAUUUGAACUCACAACCAAUCCCUGAGCAAUCACUGCCCCAAAAAAAUAAAAAAUAAAAAAUAAUAAUAAAAAAGUGAUCUGCAUUGACAUGUCCCAGAAACACCAAUCCAGGACGUACCCAAACCCCUUACAUCAUUGCCAGUUUUUUGUCAUCUGGUUAGAUGUUUAAUUUUUUUUUUAAUCCCUUUUUUUUUAGGUCCCACCUAUCGUACACCAGCUAUCAAUUUGAGAACCUGAGACACAUUUAACCAAAGAAAUGCAAACUGACUUGUCCAUUCCCUCCACCCAUUCUUAACAAUUCAACAAUCAGCUCUGUUAUGUCAUCAAAUCUCAGGGGACCACAAUCACACAGGACCUCAGGUCUUCCAUUAAUGAGAAAGCUUAGCAAAGAACAGCUGGCAAUGUUCUAUCUACUCCAGGCCAUACUGGUGCAAUUCUACACUGCCACCAUUGAAAGCAUCCUUAUUUCAGCCUUUACCAUCUGGUUUGGUGCGGCUUCCUCACAGGAAAUAAGGAAAUUACAACGCGCUGUCAAGAUGGCUAAGAACAUCAUUGGCUGUGAUCUGCCUUCACUACAUGACCUGUAUGUCUCCGGAAUGCGAAGGCGAACAGGAAAAAUCAUUGCUGACACCUCUCAUCCUGCAAACAGUCUGCUCCAAAAACCGACGUCAGGAAGGUGUUUCAGAUCACUGAUUACAAAAACAGCAUGACAGCUGAAUAGUUUAUUUCCCUUAGCAGUCUCUAUACCAAACAAACUGGUUAGAACAGCGUUAUGGGAGAUUGUACCAAUGUCAGAUGCACACUUAACUACAGCUGUUAUACUAAAAGCCAUCGACUACAGCUUAUCAAACUGCUGCUUCUGCAACAUCAAAUUGCAGCUAAAUGUACCUUCUUUCAUAUCUAUAUGAGCACACAGACUCCAAAAACUGGCUAGUGUUGUUUGUAUCGACAGGGGAGAGUGUAAUGGCAUCAUUCCCAUUCAGAGUCCAGGACCAAAUACAUCCCGUUGGAGUCCUGGAGAUUGGCUGUCGACUCAUUGGGAUUUGACCUCACAAAGUCCUAACAACAGUGUGAGCACUAUAGUAUAAUACUACUCAGGAGUCUGGUUCAUUUAUUUUUAUUUUAUUCACCAAAAUCUCGCUAGUUGCAUUAGGAAAUAGAUAUGAGUCAGCUUUUGUUUCUUGAAUUAUAAUGUGGCAUUAAUUCAAGUGUAAUUGUAGAUGCAACUCAUCAGCAACUGAAUAAAUAUGCCAAGAUAUCUACAGAUCUACAGACUACUUGGAAUAUACUUACUCACUUUCAGUGACUGCUUCAUCCUGGUCAGAGCCUACCCUGGGACAACUGGGCCGUGAGACAGGAAUACGCCCUAAUUGAAUUGGGUUGUCCAAUUUAAUUCAAUUCAAUUUUCUUUGUACAGUGCUUGUAAAGUAUGCUUUACAUCUUCCAUGUUCUUCUUAUGUUGUUCGAUAGCUCACUAUUAACCUCAUUAUGCAUAAUAGUUUGAAGCAAUAGUUCGGCCAAAAAUGAAAUGUAGAUCCUUUUAUUUUAUUUCUUUAACCCCAAUUUUAGUGACUUAUCCAGGUCAAGAUUGGUGUGCUGCUAAUGUUGCACAUUAUGCGAACUGCCUGUCGAUAUCAUCAUACAUUUAGUUACAAAACAUAACAGAAUAAAUCUGUAUGUAAAAAAGUAAAUAUACACUAAACACAAUUAUGCAUUCAAAAUGUUCAAACAGCCCUCCUACCUGGGCCUCCUCCCUACUACAUGUACUGAAGGAAAAAGCUGAUGUGGCUUCAAGAUGGCCGCUACAAUUUUAUGCUGUGUUCAACUAAACUCGUUUAACUCUGUAUUUCUGAAUUCCAAUUAGGAAAAAGCAAAGAAAACCAUCAUGUCUAACUGGAAUUCCAGUUUGAGAAGUUAAGGUCUAUCAGCCUUGAGUUCAGCAUAUGAUGUCAUAUCAAGAUGGCUGCUCACACUGUAAAGUACAACUUCUUUACUUUUAUAUGAGAUUGUAGUAGCAUUUGUUUUGGCUAAAUCAACAUACAGUCACAGCAGUUAGUUAAACCUAUAACAUUAACCAUGCAGUAAAAAGUAAAAAAAAAAAAAAAGAUGUAAUUCCCGUUUCCAGCUUCCCAAUUCAGAGUUGCAGCAUUUAGCCCUGUGAUGUAUUUUUGCCAAUUUUCAUAUUAGCUAUUCUAGCUAUACGUUUCUCUUAUUUUGUAGCAAUUAGCUUGCACCUCCAGUGCCAAACAUAUCAUUUGCAUUUGAAUUAAAGGAAUAAAUGAUGCACAUUUCACUUUUGUCUAAACUUUAUGUAACAAAAAAAUGAGUCACUAUAUCAUUCAGUAGAAUGGACACUAUUUUGCAAAAGCAUAAUUCUUAGUAAAUCUCUCUCCCAGAGCUACAUAUAAUCAUGCAACAAAAAAAUCUAACAAGGUUUCUAAAUGAAUUCUUAAUGUGUGCGAAUGCUGCAAUAAGUUUUAUUGAGGGAACUGAGUGCAGCUGUGUGAAUCAAGCUUAGGCACCCCCAAACCACAAUGGCGCAAAGCUAAUGGCUCCUAGCAUGCUUAUUUAUAGCAUCUCCUCCAUGACUAAUGCUUUCAACAUCCACCUUCGUCCUUGCCUGCGCUGCCUAAUCCUUCUUCUGCCAUGUCUGUUUUUGCUUCUUGUUUGUUUCUGGUGCUGCCGCAGUGGCAUCGGUGCCGGCUUUAGGUUUGGUCUGGGUUUGGGCCGCUGCUGCUGGCUCCUGAGCACUCAGCCAGGCCCCCGCGGCCUGGGCCUUCUUCCAGCAUGGGCGGCAGCAGAGCGGACAAAGGAGCUCAGUCUGUGUGUGUGUGUGUGUGCGUGUGUGUGUGUGUGUGAGAGAGAGAGAGAGAGAGAGAGCAAGAGAGAACGAGAGAGGGAGAGAGAGCGUGGGCUUGGAGAGAGAACCUGGCGAACCCAGCGCGACGGUCUUAUCCUCACGGCUCAAGCACACGCCACCAGCUGCUGCCCUCUUCCUGUGCUUUCAUUAAAGCAGUCUCCGUCCUGCUCCACGGGGCCAAAGCAGCCAGCUCCGGCACACAGCCACUGCAGCAUUCACGGCACCAUGAAAUAUCGUUGUGUCCUGAGCCUGGUGUCUGGUCAACGCUGGCCUGCUUUUGCAUCUUUGAAUAUUCAGGUGUGCUUUAGUUCAUGCAUGUGCUCCCAUGUGCUCCCUCGGUAUGUGUGUUAUUAUGUGUUUGCAUUCACGUGUGUUCGUGUGAGUGUAGGUGCAUGUGCCCGCAUGUGGAAAGGCUGCAUCAAGAACGUCGAGCCCAGAGCCAAGCCAGGCAUUGCCAGAGGGAGCGCCUGCUAUGUAGGGCGCCUGGCGAGCUGGACGCCAGUAGAAUAUCAACGCAGAGUGCACGCCACUCCUUCCCACAGCCCACCUGCCCUGAGAGAGAGAGAGAGAGAGAGAGAGAGAGAGAAAGAGGGGGAGGGCUGCAGGAAAUUGCCAGGUAGUGUCCAGACCCACUUCCCUGCGUCGCGCCCAAUUAAUCAGUAUCACAAUCCAUGCUGGACUCUCCCUCAUCAUUAAUAGGAGGUGUGUGUUUAAAGGAAUACUAAGAAUCUCUACUACAAGUAUGCUGUUUGAGAGUCAAUCAGUACUAGAGGGCUUUAUGGAACUAAAUAGCACUGUUGUAUGUCACAUUAAAGUACCAACACAAAAGGAAUUAUUUUUCCAAUAACAGCAUGUCCUGAAUUGCUUUAGUUUUUGUUUUACCUAUACAGUGAAAAGUAAUAUUGUGAUUUUAUAUAUAUAUAUAUAAAAUCACAUACUACAACAAUGUGGCAAGACUGCAGUUUUUUUAUUUAUUAAAGAACAAAAUUUCUUUACUUUUUUUUAUCACUUUAAUGUUUUAGAACAUCCAUGAAACAAUGACUUAUGUUAUAGUAGCUAUAAUCAGUCAUACCCUCACUAUCCUCUCUUUUUUCUGUCUCUUGAAGUUAAUAAGACAAAAAAAAUGCAGCUCCAUUCUGAAGACUUUUGUACCACACAACAUGAAGUUACCUCAUCCAUUAAAAAAUACUACUUGAAAGUUGCAAAUUGAUUUUCUUUGGCCUGACAGAAAAUAAAACGAAACAGGCAUGUAUAGUAUCCACUGAUCUUUUUCCAAACAUCAACUGAAAUGGUGUUCUGCUGUUGUAGCUCAUCCGCCUCAAGGAUUGGCAAGUUGUGCAUUCUGAGAUGCUUUUCUGCUUACCACGGUUGUAAAGAGUGGAUAUCUGAGUUACUGAACCUUUCCUGUCAGCUCAAAAUAGUUUGGCCAUUCUCCUCUCUCUCUCUCUGACAAGGCAUUUCCAUCAGCAGAACUGUUGCUCACUGGAUGUUUUCUGUUAUUCGCACCAUUCUGAGUAAACUCUGUAGGAUGUUGUGCGGAAAAUCCCAGGAGAUCAGCAGCUUCUGUAAUAAUCAAACAAGCCCUUCCAGUACCAACAACCAUGCCACAGUCAAAGUCCCUGAGAUCACAUUUUCCCCAUUCGGAUAAAGCUCUUGACCUGUAUCUGCUUGAUUUUGUGCAUUCUGCUGCUGAUACGUGAUUGGCUGAUUAGAUAAUUGCAUGAAUGUGCAGGAGAACAGGUGCUCCUGUUAAGAUGGCUGGCAUGUAUAUGUCAUACCAUGUGAAGUGAGCAGAAGUUAACUUGAAAAUCAUAAAUUUUACGUGGAUCAAUGGUAUGAAAUAUGUAAACUCAAGCAAAGAAAAUCAGAAACUUUAAGAUUUAUGAUAAAAUGAUGAUGUAGACCCCAUUUUUUAUUAAUGGGGCUUAAUGUUUGAAGGUAGCCUAUGCUUGCAUGGUUGUUGAAUUUAAAUCAGCUGCCUGGUUUUACAUUUAGCCUAAAAAGGAAAAUGUUAGGUUUCUGUUAUAAAACUGGUGCUUUACAAAUGAUACAUUAAGUAUUGAAUAAUCACAUUUUUUUAAAACUCAAAUUGUUCAUGACUAGUUGUAGUACCUACUAUAGGUCACAUAGAGUAUAGAAUAUGAUUUUAGUUUUGAUACAAGUGUUUAUCCAUUGCUUCUUCUGCCAUUUUUGAGUGGACUGCCGUUUGUUUGUGGCUGAGAGGAGGAGAUGUGUGUGUGUGUGUGUGUGUGUGUGUGAACUGAGAACAUCAGUAUUCGGCAACACCUGUGAGGCUCAAGUUCCUUUGUGUGCAUGUACACACCUGAACACACACACACACACACACUUUCUCACAUGCCUGCUCUGUACCACCCCUCUCAGGGCUGCAGUUCAGUCUAAAAAUGUCUCGUUGAGAUAACAUUAGACAGACAGCAGUGAACUAACUGGCAGUGGUGCGUUGGAUCCUUUUAGCCAAUCAGGAGUGUCAUGUACCAGCUCUUUUAACAUGACUCGUAGUUUAAAGUGAUACGCGGUUAUCAUCUAUGAUUACGUGCUGUUCCCGAUAUUGGGCCAGUCCCAACGUUGGGUAUAUUCAUGCCUCUGUUUUGAGUGUGUGUGCAUGCGUGUGUGUGUGUGUGUGGCGUGCAGUGCUGCGUGGAGGACGUGCUCGGUGUGGGUAGAAAGACAGCUGCCCUGACAGAUGCCAGGAGGCAGGACCCCACCAGGGAGCAGGGGGGAUGGAGCUGGCACUCCCUCACCCCAACGGAAACACCAUGGGCUGCAGAGGAAGUGGCAACGGGGAGAAACUCAGUGUGUGUGUGUGUGUGUGUGUGUGUGUGUGUGUGUGUGUGUGUGUACCUGAAUCUACAUUGAUCCAAGCCCGUGUUUGUCACGUUUUUAUACCUGCAAACAUAACAUUAAAGUUUGAAAAUUGAUAUUAAUGAAUGAUCACAAUUAUGAUGCAUGAAGCAUCUACAAAUAAGUCAAAGUUUUUCAUUAAAUGAUUCAAUUUGUAAUGAAUACAUAUUAAAUGGUAUUAACAGAAAUUCAGCCAU